CGCUGGAGAUGGUGACAGCGUGUCGGAUAAAGUCGCAGGAUUUAUGUGAAGAGUAGUUUAGCGGGAUCCUUCAGCUGGAUUUAAGAGGAUACCAAUGGGGAACUCCUAUGCGGGCCAACUGCAAGCCACGCGCUUUGAGGAGGUUCUCCAUAACUCCAUCGAGGCAUCGCUUCGGUCCAACACUAUCAUUCCCAGACCGGUCUUCUCGCAGCUCUACCUCGAGACAGAGCAGCCACUGGCACAUGAUGGCCGUACAGAGAAUGAUGAUGAGGAUGACGAAGAAGGCUCAGAGUCCAACAGUCCCCCAAUUCCCUACCAGAUGAAGCCCCCACCUGAGGGAUGCUGCACCACAGAUGGCUUCUGUCAGGCAGGCAGGGAUCUGCGUCUGUCCUCGCUGGCAUCAGAUUCCCUGGAUGUUGCUCCUGGGUUCAUGUUGGUCGGGAUAAAGUCACCUUCGCUCCCCGAGACCCUGCUGGUGUGCGCCGUCGACCGCCGCUUUCUCCCUGAUGAGCGGGGUCGUAACGCACUGCUGGGCUUCUCAGGGAACUGUAUGGGCUGUGGAGAGAAAGGCUUUCGCUACUUCACGGAGUUCUCCAACCACAUCAACCUGAAGCUCAGCUCCCAGCCCAAGAAGCAGAAGCACUUGAGGUAUCAUCUGUACAGAAAUAACCAGGGCGUGCUCAUCAAAGGAGCUACGAUCAGCUGGAGGGGACACGAUGGAAGGAUGAGACACAUUGGGUCCAUUCUCACAGAAGGCCAAGUGACCACUGAGGAACAGCCACCAAACCUGGCAACACACACCCCAGGCAGCUACACAGUGGGAUCACAUGUGGACCCUGCUGGCCUGCCACAAAUAGCUGACCUUCCCCAGUCGUUGCCAAAUGGCAACCAUGCUGUUCCCUCCAUCACCCAGCCACCACCAAAUCAAUCAGGGCCUGGGAGAACCUCAGUUACAGGGAUACAUGCAAAUGCUGGACCACCAAAAAAGAGGCACAAAGGCUGGUCGCCCGAGUCAUCUGCCAGCAUUGUGUCAGAGAGCACGCUGAAAACACUGCCGUCGUCAUCAGCGGUGUCCUCUGCGGUCACAAAUGGAAGCAGACCGGAGCCUGCAGCGCUGCUGGGUUCCUCGCAGUGUUCCUCAACACCACUCUCUUCUCCAGCGCCGUCUGUCACCGUGCCCAAUCAGUUGCUGCACACCUGCAGACUACAGCCUGUCAUCUUCAAAGGUCAUGGCCCGCUGCCCCAGCUGACCGGCAAUGUCAGCGAAGUGCUUGUGAGUUCUCUGCUACAGAGUUGUUACCUGAGCUCGCAGGCGCUCCCCAGAGUGUACCAGCACUACGGACCGUCACCCAUUCAGCCGCUGUCCACAGAGAUGCAGAUUCUACUCACAAUUUACUACCUUGUUCAGCUCGGCCCGGACCAAGUGCCUCUGAUUGAAGAUUUGGAGCAGAUAUUCAUGAGAUCAUGGAGGGAGUCUCACCUCAGUGAAAUCAGACAGUACCAGCAGCCUCAAACACCAGCCACCCAGGGCAGGCACUACGCCAUAGAGACUCCCUCCACCCUGCCUGGCCUCCCCCAGCACCUCUGUUUACCUCACCAGAGUCAACAGCCUGUGACCUCCAGCCAGCUUCCCUGGCUCGCCCAGCUCGCUGCAUCGUCCUGCGGAGAGGCUGUGGUGGUGUUAGGGGAGCACAUUAGAUCUCUGGCUCAAGGCCUCCAACAAACAUUCACCAGGUUGAUGGAAGGACAGCUUGAAAACACUAACUACGUGGUCCUUAUUGUCACUGCACCAGGGCAGGAAACGCAGUCUUGUGUGGUCGUCACAGGCAAACACCAAUGUCGUGCGUUGGCAGAGGGUAUGUUUUCUCCCAGCGAGGGCCUGAAAGAAAUCAACCACCAGCUCUCCACUGGCGUUGCCCAGGAACUCAUCCACUUCUGCAAUUCACUCGGACAAGAUGGUGAUAUGGAUUCCAUCUUGGAUAGUGCCACUGCGGAGAGCAGUGAGCCGUCCCCUGUGUUCAGCAGUCAGGAGUCACCUGAAGAAAGAAAUUUGAAAAGUACACACAGCUCAAAAGACUCACAGAGUCCUAAAGAGAGAGCGUCAAGUCCCAAAGAAACCUGUUCAGAAUACUCCGUAGAGUGGCGUGAGGUCCGUCCCAUCCAGCUGGCAGUGGCCAGAAAGCUGCUGUCCCAUGUUUGUGCCAUAGCAGACUCCAGCACACAGAACCUGGACCUCGGAUCCUUUGACAGAGUCAGCUUCCUCAUCCUGGUCCCUCCGUCCGAGGUCACAUUUCAACAGACCGUGCUCCACCUCAGGAGCUCUGGUGUCCUUCAGGACCUCGGGAAUUUAGAUCAGGAGAGUGUGUCUCAACGGGAAGCAGAGCAUUAUGUGGUUAAGAUGGACCAGAGUGCUCAGGCACGAAUUGACAGCCUCAUUCAGGAGGCUCACAGCAAUACUUAUACACUGUAUAUCCUGGUGCAUGACCACGCUCACUGGGACAUUAGCAGUGCGUCUUACAGCAGCUCAGAUAGUGGUUUGGGUCUGGUUGACCAGCUGUUAAACUCCCGACAGGUCAGAGAUGCUCCAAAUAUCCUAAUCCUUCACGUCACCUCCUUCCCCUUCACCCUUCAGACACAGUACACCCGUAUCAGCCCCUACAAUGAGAUCCACUGGCCCUCUGCGUUCAGCAAUGAUGUGGACCUGUAUCAUGAGAAGACACGCUACUUUGGUGUGUCAGAGCUUUUAGAGUCGACGCGUUCAGGAAGCAGCCUGCCUCUGAUGCGCCAUGAUUCCUCCUUUGAGAGCAUGGCAUCUGCCCUGGAAGAAAGGUUCCCUAAGCUGCACAGUGUCGUGAUCCGUACCACAGUCCUGAUCCAGCACUACUGUGUAGCUCUGAUGGCUGCGUCCGGCAGAAUCGGAGGCUCCCACAGUCUGCACAAGCACACCUCUGUGGAAACCCUGGAGAUUGUACAAGCACUACUCACUGCCGCCCAGCAGUGUCCCGCCCACCAUGGUCACAUGGUCCUGCUGCGGAUCCCUUCUUUGGCUCUGGCCGCAUGGGCCCAUCGGCGGCUGUCCCGAGUGAGGAGACAACUGGGUCUGGAGGAAAGUUUUGAAAUCAUACUUGGAAAUCCCAACCAGGCGCUGAUAAUUGGACAGAUCUUCACUGAUCAGAUAAAGACAUGGCUGCAGAUCCAGGAUUCCAACUGGAUUCCUCACACCUACCUGGAGCUGGAGUCCCUUCCCUGCAUCCUCAUCCUGUCUGGGGCUGAGCCACUGGGAGAGUCACUGCCUAGGUCGCUGAAGUACUGUGACCUUCGCGUGAUAAGCUGCUCCUACCUCCACCGGACUACACUGGAACAGGAGCUGGGGCUUGCUGCUUAUUUAGUGAGGCAGGAGUCACAACCGCCACACAACCCUGGCCCAGGAAGUGACCUGCUGGAGAGCGAUGCUGAAAAACUCAGCAGCACUGACAAUGAAGAGGAGGAGGGGCAGGAGAAUGACGACUCCCCUCUAUCAUCCAGUCAGCAGCCUCAGUCAUGUCCAGACAGUGGAGCCUUAGAUGCUCAAAGCAGCACUGUUCCAAAUGCACAGAAAGGGAGCGUGGAUGCCGUGCAGUCGUCCUCACAGUCACAACCUCCGUUUCAGUCCCAGUUGUCAUCCCAGUCUUUUCCCCAUCCUCAACCUGUACCACACCUCCAAACCCAAACUCAAGUACAAACUCAUCCCCAAGCCCAACCCACCUCUCAGCUGCAUCCACAACCUCAAAUUCAGAGUCAAACCCAGCCAUCAUCACAAACGUUACCCCAACCUCAAUCCCUUUCACAAGUGCAAGCACCCAACCCUCAAACUCAGCCGCUUCCCACCUCCCAGUCUUGUCGUCAACACUCCAAAUCUACCUCCUCUGGCUCCUUGUCGCCCCGAUCCUCCUCCCCUCACCUGAGUUGCUCCUGGGCGCGGGGAGUGAGCCGCCCGCCAUCUGUGCUCCUCCCUCGUGCCCUGUACGACAUUAUCACGGCCAGCGACAGCAGCGGGCUUCCGCGGUGUACCUCAUUCCUGCCACACAUGUCUGUCGCCUGGGCGAGUAGCUUCAGGCCCCUGCUGAGUAAGAUGAUGACAUGUACGGAACAGUCACUUUAUUACCGCCAGUGGACAGUCCCUCACUCCUACCACAUGGACAGCAGCAAUCGCACUGAGGGACGAAGUGACAACUUUCACCCGCGCAGGCUGUUGCUCAGUGGACCGCCACAGGUGGGUAAGACAGGAGCAUACCUGCACUUCCUGGGUAUUCUGUCUCGGAUGCUGAUCAGGCUGAUGGAGGUGGACAUCUAUGAUGAAGAGGACAUCAACUACAGUGCCCAGGCGGAGGGGGUGCAGUACCACUCACUCAAUGCCACCUGGCCUAACCCAGAUAUAAUGAGGACGAUGCCCUUUGAUUACACCAUCCAUGACCCUAAAUAUGAUGACAUCAGUGCAGUGUACAGCCCGGGAUAUAGACCCAGUGCUGAAGGAAAUGCUGUGCGUCAGGAGGAUGUAUACCUGCGCAGGCGGACAUCUCGCAUCAAGCUUUCUAAAUAUGCCGCGUACAACACCUAUCAUCACUGUGAGCAGUGUCAUCAGUACUUGGGCUUCAACCCCAGAUACCAGAUGUAUGAGUCAACGCUGCAUGCCUUCACAUUCACCCAUCUGCUGCUUGGGGAAGAGAUCCAGCUCUACUUCAUCAUCCCCAAAUCUAAAGAGCACUACUUCAGCUUCAGCCAACCAGGCGGCCAGCUGGAGAGCAUGAGGCUGCCGCUCAUCUCUGAUUGGAGCCCAGACUCCAUCAAGAGUCCAAUCUUCACUCCAACCACUGGCCGCCACGAGCACGGUCUGUUCAACCUGUACCACGCGAUGGACGGCGCCUCACACCUUCAUAUCCUCGUGAUCAAAGAGUAUGAGAUGGCCGUCUAUAAAAAGUACUGGCCCAACCACAUCAUGCUGGUGCUGCCCACCAUUUUCAAUGGAGCAGGAAUAGGUGCAGCUCACUUCCUGAUUAAAGAGCUGUCAUAUCACAACUUGGAACUGGAGCGCAGUCGGCGGCUGGAAGGAGGCGGCCCUGCGGGUGACGUCUGGCCCUUCGUUAUUCUGGCUGACGAUUCGUGCGUUAUGUUUAAUGCAGUGGACCUCGACGCACCAACUGGCCCCACAGAGCAUGCUGUGUCACUGAAGCAGGUCUUACAGCACAUGGAGGCUUGUCCAGAUCUGGCCCAGUUCGGGCUGUGCGGCAUCAGGAAGUGGAGCAGCCGUGGACUCACAGCAGGUAACAGACAGAGGGAGCCCUUCUCCAGAGGUCACCUUCACGACUUCCUCCUCCUCAAUGUGGACCAGAGUCAGAACAUCCAGUAUGACCAAAACCGCUUCACGUGUCACGACGUGGACUAUACCCUGAGGCUGCACAGCGCCGGAAUGCUCGUGUGCCGGUUCAACAGCUUCAGUGUCAUGAAGAAGCAGAUCGCUAUCGGAGGAUACAGGACAUUUAUAAUCAAGACCAAGAUGACGGACGUUCCCACCUCGGUGGGGCCCUCGCAGUACGUCUGCGCCCCAGACAGCAAGCACCUUUUCUUAGCUACACCAGCUCAGCUUCUCCUGGAAAAAUACCUCCACCACACCAGUCAGAAACUGUUCCCACUCAGCACCAAGAACUACACACACCCGGUGUUGUCUGUGGACUGUUACUUCAACCUGGGGCCUGAGGUGACGGUGUGUUUUGCGAGUUCCAGACCUCACUCUGUCAACAUCAGCACCACAGGAAUGCUGUUCAGUGGCCUCCUCCUCUGUUUCACGGAUUCCUUUGUGACCGCCGGGUUCCUCAAGAAGUUCACCUUCCUCAAAGGUGCGACUCUGUGUGUCAUCAGUGCAGAUCGUAGCUCACUGAGGCAGACGGUGAGCAGGCUGGAGCUCGAGGAGGAGUGGAGGUUCCGGCUGAGCGACGAAUUCCAGACCGCCAAUGCCAAAGAGGAUCGACCGCUCUUCUUCUUGACUGGGAAACACAUAUGACUGGACGCAGGAAAUUACAAAUGGAGUCACAGUCGAGUGUUAAAAUGCUCUAAAUGCCAAAGACAAGACAAUUCAGGGUAUUUAAAAGACAGUAGAUUUUACACGUCAGUGGUUUGCUGACUAACGUGGACAUUAACACACACAUGGAAGUCCUGAUCUAUGAAAAUGAAAAAGUUUUGGUAAUUUGUACAUUUCAUAAAUCUCUAAUCAAACUUCAUAAAACACAAUAUUAAGCCCGGGUGAAUUAUUUCUGAAACUCCUUUUAUAAUAUAUGUUGACAUCCUUUUUAUGUCCUUAUUAAAGGGACAAAAGACAACUUUCGUCACUGUCAUGAAGAGACAGUUCCACGACUUUGAGGAAGCGCCGCAAGAAGUUGAUGGAAUUUUUUUAUUGCAGUUUUUGAAAGUCUCACUAGUUUCUAGACUUACAGACCCUUGCUUUAGAAGAAGUUAUAAGAGAACUAUUUUCUGAACUGUUGUAAGUGGAUAAAAAAAAGAUUCAGUUUCGUUUGUUUACAAAAGUAUAUGAGAAGCUGAGCAAUUCAAUCAAAGAUGGAAAUGAAAACAGUCCUUUUUUAAACUCUGUCAUUCAGUUAUCGGUGGCUCUAGUUUUGUACUCUUAUUUUUAGAUGAUAUUUCACAGUUUAAAGGUUGUUGUUAAAAUUCCUUACACAGUCAUUCGUGUGCAGUUGUAGCCGUAUUUUUGGCAACAGAAUUUUUUAUAGCGCAGUGUUUUGUAGAUGCUUGUUUCGCUUACAUAUAAAUGUUUUUUGAACAUAUUUUGUAUUAUGUAAAAAAAAAUUAUUUUCAUUGUGUACAAGAAAAGAAGCUUUUUCUCUGUUUGGAUGAAAAGCAUUUUUUCAAUGCUCAGUGAUGACUGUAUUUGCUGUGUCGGCAGCUUUUUUUUACCCUGUAUAGUUUUGUUUGUUUAUUUUAAAAUGUAUAAAUGUACAGACAUUUUGAAUUUGUUGUGUUUUUUUUCAAGAGUAACAGGGCCCGGGACAUUAUAGAGUAUUUAUCCAUCUAAUUUUGAAAACAAGUACAGAAUGUGCAAUGUUAUAAGACUUUUUUGGUUUCCCUGUAGAACUGCCACUGAUUUUAAUUUAAAAAAAAAAACAUUAUUAAACCAUAAUUAAGGACAACUGCCAGAAAAAGGGGGUCAAAAAUAAAAAAUCCUGUGAGGGCACUCAAUCUUCCGGCUCUGUGAGAGUGGGAGAAUCAACUCAGUGCAAUCAGGUGUGUGUGACACU